AUGUUCAACAACAUCCUAACAAUCGCAGAAAUGCCAAACGCUUUAAAUACCGUAAUGCCCGACAAAAACUUGUAUCUACUCAUUUCGAUAUUCAUCGGAAUUAUAAGUGGUGUGAAACAAUUGUACAAUCAAUACCAUGUGGUAUUCGCCGCUAGAAACUAUAAGAAUUGGAUAAAACUAAUUUUGAUAGUCCUUGAAAUUACAAGUAAUGUGGCACAUUUGUACAAUCUAUACCAUGGGGUAUUGGCCGAUGGAAACUAUGAGGAUUUUAUUCAACUCAUUUCGAUAGUCAUUGGAAUAGUAAGUGGUAUGGAACAAUUGUACGAUCAAUACCAUGUGGUAUUGGCCGAUGGAAACUAUGAGGAUUGGCUUCGAGUCAUUUUGAUUGUCAUUGAACUUAAAAGUGGUGUGGAACAAUUGUACGAACAGUGCCGUAUAAUAUACCGUAUAAUAUUAUGUGCUAUUGGCCGAAUAACUAAUAUGUAG